CUGAUUUGUGGCCAAUGUUGGAGAUGUAAAAAAAAGGGAGAGAGGAGAAGAGGAGGGGGAGGGCAAACACUAAAGGGGGUAGCUAUGGAGAUCGAGCGUUUUCCUGGCUGCUUUCUUUGACAGGUGUUGAGUGGGGUAAAAGUCUUAAAACAGAGUCCAGCAUGUACGCCAAAGGUAAAGGAGCUGUCGUCCCUUCCGAUAGCCAAGCGCGAGAAAAGUUAGCUUUAUAUGUGUAUGAGUACUUGCUACACGUUGGCGCACAGAAAUCGGCACAGACCUUCCUGUCAGAGAUCCGAUGGGAGAAGAAUAUCACAUUAGGAGAGCCUCCUGGAUUCCUGCACUCAUGGUGGUGUGUAUUCUGGGAUCUGUACUGCGCAGCUCCAGAUCGACGGGAGACAUGUGAACAUUCCAGUGAGGCCAAAGCUUUCCACGACUAUAGUGCAGCAGCAGCCCCCAGUCCUGUGAUGGGCAACAUGCCGCCCAACGACGGCAUGCCAGGUGGACCCAUGCCUCCCAGCUUCUUUCAAGGCCCACCUGGAUCACAACCGUCUCCACAUGCACAGCCCCCACCACACAACCCUAACAACCCCAUGAUGGGUCCACAUGGCCAGCCUUUCAUGUCUCCACGGUACCCAGGUGGACCCCGCCCAUCACUCCGCAUGCCAAAUCAGCCUCCGGUUGGAGUCCCAGGGUCACAGCCACUCCUGCCAAACAGUUUGGACCCCACCAGACCGCAAGGACAUCCGAACAUGGGUGGCCCAAUGAGGAUGAACCCGCCUAGGGGAAUGGGCGGCAUGGGCCCACAGAACUAUGGUGGUGGAAUGAGACCUCCUCCAAACUCUCUUGGUGGUCCCGGUAUGCCUGGCAUGAACAUGGGUCCGGGAGGUCGAGGGCCUUGGCCUAACCCUAACGCAAACUCGAUAGCAUACUCGUCUUCAUCACCAGGAAAUUACGUGGGGCCGCCAGGAGGUGGUGGACCUCCGGGAACUCCCAUCAUGCCAAGCCCAGGAGACUCAACGAAUUCCAGUGAAAACAUCUACACAAUGAUGAACCCAAUUGGCCCUGGUGGCAACAGACCGAAUUUCCCUAUGGGUCCCGGGCCUGAUGGUCCAAUGGGUGGAAUGGGAUCGAUGGAGCCACACCAUAUGAACGGGUCUUUAGGCUCGGGUGAUAUGGAUGGGUUGCCAAAGAAUUCUCCGAACAACAUGGCAGGUAUGAACAACCCCCCAGGAACCCCACGGGAUGACGGGGAGAUGACGGGCAACUUUUUAAACCCAUUCCAAAGUGAAAGUUAUUCACCCAACAUGACGAUGAGUGUGUGAUUUUUCUUUUUUAUUUUGUUUUUUAUUUUAUUUUUUUAUUUUUUAAACCCCUCCUUCCCGUCCCCUCUGCUGCGUCCGGCAUUUUUUAUUUUGCUCGAUCAUUACUACCCUUUCCUCCCCAACCAUCACCCUUCGACACUCUGGGCUGGUGCGGUGGCGCCCCCUAGCCGGUCGGCAUGGCCGCGGACCGAAGGACUCACGGUAGAACCACCCAGUACAAAGCUGGCACGAUGACGUCGACUGGAAGAAAGCACGGGAAUAGCUUUCUCGCGGACUCUACCUGCUUCGUCACCGGUUCGGGACAAUAAAGGUCCCUGAUGAAACCACCGCACGUGUGUGUUUGUAUGUGUGUGUGUGACUGUGCCAGGAAGACGUUAAAACGCUGCUCAUCAGCAUUGAGACUGGUUGCUUUACUUCGAUCCUGUUUUAUUGUUAAUUUUUUUUUGUCAUUUUUUUCGGCAAUCGAACACUGAGGCGAGAGAGAGAACACUCUCGCAGUUUGAUUGCUGUGUACAUUUUGAAACGCUGAACUGGUGAUACGCUAAAGGGCAGGAAUGGUCUCAUUACAAUAUAUUUGUAUAUUAUUGAUAAUAUUAUUGUUAUAAUUUUCAUAAGUGAUAUUGCUACGAUGUACUCAUAAUUUUAUCCUGUAAAGGGCACACUUGUAUCUCAACAACAUCAAUGACAAAUAAGCACACAUUCAAAAAUGCACAAUGACACUUCUGUUUACAUGAUUUUAGGUAUUUUGUCUAUUUGUUUUGUUUUAGUUGUUUUGUCAAAUGUCUCUUUUGCAUAUACCUCUUUGUUUGUUUUUAGAAAUGAUGUCAUCAUCACUACAAAAAGAAGAAAAAAAAAUAACGUACCAAGAUGUUCAACCUCAGUUAUCUGUCAACAAAGUGGCUUGUCAUUGAUUACAAUCACUGGUUUAAUACACCUGUAUGGCACUGUAUUUAAAAAUUGGAUUGUGUUUCAAAUUUGUUCAUGCGUAUUAAUGCAUCAUCCUUAUUUGGGCCUAAAGGGCUGCAUUGCAUUCACUGCUAUUGCAUAUUUCAUCAUCCUUGCCUUGAUCACAAAAGGAUCUAAACGAAUACAUUUUACCAUCCGUUCUAGAUCAUUUGCUGCCUAUAGUCUGUUGUGAUAUCUCCACUAUGUGUUUGCCACAUUGUUUUGCAAAUCUUUUACGAUAUUACCCAUGUGUUUGUAAUAGUAGUUGAAAUAUGCAGACUGCUCUUACAAGCACAAGUUUUCUUGUGCUCUAUAGUCCCAUGUCUGUAAAUAUAACCGUUUGGUCAUGGACCUUAUUGGUAUUUUCAAUACACUACUUGUCUGUGAA